UGUGUUGAUGUUGUAAACCGGCGGCCGGCCUCCCUCCUCGGCCCCGCUCCCCUCGGUGUGUCGGUGUGUGUAUAUAAAGGUUCCGGAGGAUGUGGUCCCGCUGAGCACCGGGAGGACCAUGAAGCCGUUCGCUGUGAUGCUGCUGCUGCUACUGGCCGCCGCGGACCUGUCCGGUACCGGCGCUCCGCCGCUCGGGGGGCCGGGACUCGGCUUCUCUCCGCCGGUCCCCGCCUCCCCCUCCGCCCCGCCGCUCCUCCUCCUCCCGCAGCCCCGGGCGGAGUACGGGGCGUCCGAUGUGGCCGUGGCCCGGUCCGCCGUGGAGGAGCCGUCCGGUCCCGGAGAAGGGGAGGAGGACGGGAACCCUCAUCAUCACGGCGGCGGGUACCGGGUGGUCCAGUGGGAGUGGAGCUACGUGCAGACCCCCUACAUCAUCGCCACCUGGCUACUGGUGGCCAGUGUGGCCAAGAUCUUGUUUCACUUCUCUCAGCGGUUCACCACGGUGGUCCCGGAGAGCUGCAUGCUGAUCCUGCUGGGUCUGGUUUUGGGCGGGGUGGUCCUCAUAGCCAAUAAGAAGCAGCUGUACCAGCUAGAGCCCGCCCUCUUCUUCCUCUUCCUGCUGCCGACCAUCGUGGGCGACGCCGGCUACUUCAUGCCGGCUCGCCUCUUCUUCGACAACCUGGGGGCCAUCCUGACGUACGCCGUGGUGGGGACGCUGUGGAACGCCUUCUGCACCGGCUUCUGCCUGUACGCCGCCAAGCUGCUGGGGGUCAUAGAUGAGCGCGUACAGGCCAACCUGAUGGACUUCCUGCUGUUCGGGGCUCUGAUCUCGGCCGUGGACCCGGUGGCCGUGCUCGCCGUGUUCGAGGAGGUCCACGUGAACGACACGCUCUUCAUCAUCGUCUUCGGAGAGUCGCUGGUCAAUGACGCUGUCACCGUGGUUUUAUAUAAAGUCUACAUCUCCUUUGUGGAAGUGGGAGUGGACAACGUUCAGACGGCAGAUUACUUCAAAGGAGUUGCAUCCUUCCUCAUCGUCAGCAUCGGCGGGACUCUGGUGGGUCUGGUGUUCGCCGUCAUGCUCGGCUUCAUCACUCGCUUCACCAAGAAGGUUCGGAUCAUCGAGCCGCUCUUUGUCUUCCUGCUGGUCUACCUGGCCUACCUCACCGCCGAGCUCUUAUCCCUGUCCGCAAUUCUAUCAAUGACCUUCUGUGGUAUCGGUGCCAACAAAUACGUGGAGGCCAACAUCUCCCAGAAGUCCCGGACCACAGUGAAGUACACGAUGAAGACAUUGGCCAGCAUCGCAGAGACAAUCAUCUUCAUCUUCCUGGGCAUCUCAGCAGUGGACAAGUCCAAGUGGGCCUGGGACACCGGCCUGGUGUCCUGCACGCUCGUCUUCAUAUUUGUCUUCAGAGCCGCAGGUGUGAUUGGUCAGACCUGGGUCCUGAACCGCUUCCGCCUCGUCCCGUUGGACAAGAUUGACCAGGUGGUGAUGUCAUACGGCGGCCUGCGAGGUGCUGUGGCGUUCGCCCUGGUGGUGCUACUGGAUGGCGAGCAGGUCAAGGCCAAGGACUACUUUGUCGCCACGACGAUUGUGGUUGUCUUCUUCACCGUCAUGUUUCAGGGUCUGACUAUUAAACCUCUCGUUGACUGGCUCAAAGUUCCUCGUUCCACCAACAGGAAGCCGACGAUCAAUGAGGAGAUCCACGAGAGGGCCUUUGACCACACCCUGGCAGCAGUGGAGGACAUAGCAGGACUUCAGGGAUACCACCACUGGAGAGACAAGUGGGAGCAGUUUGAUAAGAACUACCUGAGUAAGCUGCUGCUGAGGAAGUCUGUGUACAGGAAGAGUGAACUGUGGGAGGCUUACCAGAAGAUCAACAUCCGAGACGCCAUCAGUGUCAUCGACCAGGGGGGGAACGUCCUGACCUCAGCCAGACUGUCCCUGCCCUCCAUGGCCAGCAGAGCCUCGUUCCCCGAAGUCACCAAUGUCACCAACUACCUGCGUGAGAAUGGCAGCGGUGUGUGUCUGGACCUCCAAGUGAUCGAUAAUGUGCCUGGAGCCAAAGUGGAGGAAGAGAGCGAGACGCAUCACUUCCUGUCAGGGAACCUGUACAAGCCCAGGAGACGUUACCAGUCCCACUACAGCAGACACUUCAUGCCUCUGGGGGAGAAGGAGCGCCAGGACCGAGAGGUGUUCCAGAGGAACAUGAGGAGCCGCAUGGAGAACUUCAAGUCCACCCGACACAAACGCCACAAGAAGGACCGCAACCUCAAGAAGCGCCGAGGAUCUGACUCCAGAGAAGAGGGCGGAGACAAGCCACGCCGCAACGUCAGCUGGCACGACAAGAACCCGGUGGUGGUUCCUGUGGAGUCCGAGGAGGACAAAGGACAUUCAGACCCUGAGAAGGACGAGGACGUGGGGAUCACCUUCGUAGCUCGUCAGGUGGAGACACCAACACAACGAUCAGUCCCAGCCGCCCUGGAUGGCGGUCAGAGUCCCCCCCUGCCCCCCUCCUCCCCCCACCUUCCGUGGAAGGGCAGCGUGGGCUCCCCCCCCCCCUGUGUGUCCGUGGAGGCCACCAAGAUCAUCCCCGUGGACCUCCAGCAGGCCUGGAACCAGAGCAUCUCCUCCCUGGAGAGCAUCUCCUCCCCGCCGGCCCCCGCCGAGCCGCUGCACCCGCGGGUCAGUGCCCUGUCCAGAGUGGGAGGGGCCCGCCCGGCCUCCUACACGCCACCGGGCAGCACCUCCUCCAUCGGAGCUCAGGUGGCCCAGGGUUCCUUCUGCUUCCUGCAGAAGAAAGAGGAGGAAGAGGAGGACGAGGUAGAUGGGGGGGCUAGAGCGUUGCAGGAGAUGCAGCCCCUCAUGUCGCCUCUGAGGCCUCCUGGCUCCUUGCCGCCCCCCCCGCAAGGCUCCGCCCCCGGCUCUGGGAGGAGGAGGAACCCUUGCGUCUACCUGAGGAGCCUAGUGGCAGCGCCUCCAGCUGUCAGCGAGCCGCACAGUCGAGGGCCCACCCAGCUGUGACCUCUGGUCCCAGAUCAGCCCCCACCAGCGGAGCGGCAGCUACACACACACACACACAC